AUGGACGCAUCGCAGGACGCCGAAGUACUUGAAGAUGUAGAGGUAUCAAUUGAAACAGGUCCGGUGGAAAACAAUGUACUAGUAGACAGUGACGCCCAAGAGCAUCUCGAAUCCCGAAAAGAAGGGCUCCCGACAGACGACGUUCCACCCCUUGAUCUUAGUGGUCAGUCAAAAGAAGGUGGACUACAAGAGGAUAGAGAAUAUACAGAAAAUAUUGAUCAUGAUGAGUAUACGGUUGUCAGAGGAGAAGUUUUGCCUGUUGAGGAUAUUGUGCCGACCUCUUUCGAUGUUCCCACAACUUCCGUGCCUCUCAACAGGGAUGGACAGCACGGCGUUGCUAUUCGCGGAAGUCUGAGUGAAUACAAUGGAAAAAUCGGUGUCUACAUUUACAGAACCGGGACAUCAAAACUAUUCUUCCAUCAGAAAAAGCGUAAUGAAAGCUUGAUCGAUGAUCACGGGGAAACCCUUCUCAAGGCGGUGCGAUUUGGUCAGGUGGAUGCCGUCAGGCUACUUCUCAAGGACAAAGUCUCGACAGAGUUCAGAGACAGUGAGGAACGCACUCCACUUUUGUACGCUGUGGAGGACAACAGAGUUGACAUCGUUGAGCUCUUGCUACUGAGCAACGCGGAUUGGAACGCAGAAGAUAGGUCGAAGCGAUCAGCAUUGCAUAUUGCUGCAUACGACAGACAUACUAGAGUAAUUCCCAGACUUUUGUUACUCCCGGGAAUCAAUCUGGACGCUCAAGACGAGAACUGCGAAACUCCUUUGCACCUUGCUGCUAAGAAUGGAAGUCUAGACACAGUUGAGCUUUUGCUUGAGUUUGGAGCAUUUGUUAAUGCAACGGACAAGAAGGGGCUCACACCUCUGCAUCUAGCGGCAGCGAGACGAGAAUCGGCCGCUUUGGCUGAGGCUUUAUUAAACACCAAGAAUAUUGACGUGGACGCAAAAGCGAGCAAUGGACGGACACCACUGAUGCAGGCAUGUGACAGGGGACCUUCCAAGGGAUGCGAAAAUGUGGUGAGGUUGCUUCUAGCUAAAAACGCCAACCCUGCAGCUCAGGAUAAUAACGAAGAAACGCCUGUUUACCUGUCGGCCUUGAAUGGGAAUAAGGAGAAUUUGGCUGAACUGAUUCAGGGAAAGCGACCAAUCGAUAUCAAUGCUCUGAAUAUAGAUCAACGUUCCGCUCUAUUUGGACCGGCAAGGUUUGGCUUCACCGCCGUUGCUGAUCAGCUUUUAAAGGCAGGUAUCGAUAGUACGCUCAAGGACCGUGCUGGGAGGACUGCAUUCUUAGAGGCGGCAAAGUACGAUAAAGUCGAAGUCGCGCGUUUGAUUUUUGAAGAUCUUGAGAGAAAGCCCGGACAAGAAGCAAAGAAAGCUCUUCAGCCAGCACUUUUUGAGGCGGCAAUUCGGGACAGCUCACAUGUAGCUCGAUUUCUUAUCGAACACGGAGCUAGCAUGGAUCAGAAGGAACCAACAUUACAGAUGACGGCUAUGGAGAUUGCGAAUAAGUACGGUAGCUUCAAGGUUGUCGCUGUGCUUCUCGAAAGAGGUGAUCAGCUUGUUGGCCAAGGUCCGUCAGUGGGGGAACCUUUGGAAGAAAUAGCAUCCGAAUCUGAGUCUAGGACCUUGGAGGUGGAAGAUAUUGAUAUUGACCUCACAUUUGGGUUCCAAGCUACGAUAGCGUCAUUUCCGAAAGAUACUCACAAGGAAUACAGAAUAAAGAGGCCUCAGCUCCGAAGUUUGUUAUAUGACCAUAGUCCUGAAACAAUCAAGUAUGGGCUUGAGGAUGGGCCGAUUGGGAAAAAUUUCAGAUGGCUACACGUACCUUCUAACAAUAUAGUAUGGGUUCAUAAGUUAAUAAGCAGAUUGUACAAGGAUUGCCAUCCUCCACACAUGGCAAGCUAUUUUCAGGAAAAAUGCAAGCAUCUCUUUGGAGAGGAGCUUUGGACAAGACAUCAAUAUCAAAUGUCAUCUCCGUCUGUUGCGCACAGACGAUUCGUCCGUCCAAUAUGUCAGCGGGUCAAGCGGACAGAGAAGGAUGAUAACCUGAUGAUGGUUCUUCCUUAUAUUCAUUGGGAGACCAGCAGCGGCCGGAAAGAAAUGACAAAGGUAAUAGUCGAUGCUAUGGUUAGACAUCUUGGCGAUCCGCAACCUCCGUCAACUUUGAAAGAAUUAGAGGAAGCAAUCCACGAACUCGAUAAGAUACGACACCCCAGAAAAGAGGAAGAUUCAGAGGACGACGAGACAACUGCUUAUUCGAGCUCUUAUUGGUCUAGCUACUAUACUGAUUCAUCGAAUCUAGAUUGGAUGGCCAAAGUUGCGUCGGAGAUGUUGGAAAGUGAGGGCAUUCGAGCUGGGCAAGCGCCCACUGAAAGAACAUCGGAACGAUUGGAACGAUUAGAACGAAGAAAGAAGAGAAUCCAAAGAAUUGCUAAGAUUGCCGAGGAAGAAUCUUGUACAGCUGACGAAAAGCUGAUCCUGGCUUACAUGUUUGAUGAGAUUCCAUUACAUUUUCGCCGAACUUUGGAUCAAUACUAUUACUACAACCUCCUAACCACCGAAGCCCGCGAUCUCGAUCAAGUGGUCUCCCGAUAUUUUGAGAAAACAUGGCCCGAAGCGGAUGACAAUCUGGUGCUGAUGGUGGACCAACUCUGGCUGUGGAUUCUAGACGACGAUACGGUGGUAACGAGUUUCCCACAACGUUGGAACAAGUCUGACGCUAGAAUGAAUGAUGACCCUGAUCCAAACAAUGAUUCGGAUAUUGUGGAAUGCAUUAUUCGCCAAAUUGGGAACAAAAACCGACGGCCGUUGGGGGAUGUGUUUGAUCUGGCGGAGUUGAUUGUUGGCCAGUGUAUUGGUACUAUGUUCGAACAUCACGACAUUGCGAACGAAAAGUUACGUUUCGCCGAAUUUUUCGAAGGCUCCAUCGGCAACGUGACCUUCCAAGAGUCAAAAAUGUUCGAUGAAUUUACAACACUAUCCGAAAAGCUGGCCAAGGACGAUCAAAACAUCUCAACUUCUGAUGAGCUUAGACAAGAUCUUAAAAAGCUGUACGAUAUUUCACAGGAAACUAGGCUGGCUAAGGAGAUCAAGGAUAUUCGAGAUGAGCUCCAUAUUCUUUCGACUGUGCUCGAGGAUCAGGAAACCGUGCUACUCGACAUGCACGAGGCAAUUCAAGAUAUGAGGACUGAAAAGGCUGUGCAAGACGGUUCAAAGAAACCGGAGACAACGUUGACUUACCACAGCCCACCUGAGCGUGUCGGCAUGCAUCAAAAGGUUGUUCGUGGGCUAGAAAGGCAGGCCGAAAAGACUUACAUAGCGCCAUUCGCCAGCAAUGAAGGCAGAGAUCUCUCCAGGCUUGAUUCUCACAAAUCUCCCACCUGGUCUCAGUCAAACCCCUUCACUGGAUCGGGGGAUAUUCGACCGACACAGAUACAUUCGAACCAGGGUGAUAGUAAGAGUUUUGAAAGCGUUAGCAGCAGUGAUUUGAAUUCUUCUCUGCCGCGCGAACAUCAAGUAAUGUCAGAUAAGGCUCAUCCAAAGGUACCUACAUGGGAAGAAGCCAUACAGGAACCCGUUGACCAGGAUGUCUCCGGGCCUAGAGCUAUAGCGACAGCGCUAUCAGAUCAGCGGCUACGAUCGCAAGAUCACGGGCCUAUUAUACUGUCUCCGGACUAUCUAAGUCUACGACACGGUGGGCGCGUCCGGUAUAUUGGCAAAGCCUUUUGGGGUUUCGUUCCUGGACAGGAAAGUCUGAGUGACGAUUUUCUUGACGGAAACCGCAAUGCUCAGCCUGGUCUACCGCUUCCACAUAUUGCUGCCGCAGAUCUGGCCAAUCUUCUGAAAUCUUUGCCACCUAAGCCCGUAUGUGACAUAUUCCUUCACGAUUUCUUCAUCAUGGUAUGGCCUCUUACCCCACUUGUGCAUCCUAUCACGCUGCGAACAGACUAUGAUGAAUUCUGGGAAUGGUGUCGAAAUAGCGAAACUGCAAUGCCUCCGGCCAAGAUUGUAGAUAAUCCGACAUUCGUUUGCCUUCUCUUUGCCAUCAUACUCUGUGGUGCUUGUGCCGCCCCUGCCGCAACGUGGACAUUACCCGUUCUGCAGACGCUGAAAAUGGAGACGAUAAAAMCCCACUUGAAGUCGGCUUAUAGGGCAAGCCUCUCUAUGUGCCAACAUCUCGAGCACCCAACAUUCAACACUCUUAUCUCAACACUUUUGACAGGGCCAUUUAUGGACCGUCCUUCUGAACCGAUGCAGAACCUACUCUCUCUUAGUACAAUUGUCCGGAUCGCACAGACAAUGGGAUUGCAUUGUGAAUCGACUUGGUCCGCGCUGGACCAAGUAACUCGGGAAAUGCGCCGUCGGGUAUGGUGGCACAUUGUGUCGCUAGAUGUGCAGUCAAGUAUUUCCACUGGUUUACCUUUAUGCUGCGGUAAGGAUAUGCAAGAUGCAGUGAGCAUGAUAAAUUUUACGCGAAAUGAAGAGAUCGGCAAUAUAUCUAGUACUUCUUCGCCGCCUGCUGAAUCCCUGGAAACGGGAGAAUCUGCUGCAAUGAUCUAUGCCAUAGGACGGUACGAGACAGCGCGUCUGGAAUCGAAGAUCGUCAUUAGCUUGCAAAACGCACAGGGAUUGAAGCAUAGAGAUUUUCGCGAACUAGUCGCUGCCACAACCCAACUUCAUCGAAGGCUGGACUCCCUCAUCGCGAAGAUACCGGUUGAAGGGUUCCCGGCAAGGGGUUUCAUCCCCUCCAGUUGGGAAAAGGCAAGCUCGCUAACGCAUCCAUCUCUUUAUAAGGACGAUACGACUAGACCAACUGUCUUUGCGGCCUGGGUACGCAUCAUGCUGACGCUACUCAAGUUUGAAGUGGCGAUAUUAAUGCAAAAGCCAAUAUUGCAGACGCGGGUGCGUGAGAAACCACAUGAGCUGAGGACGUGGAUAAGCAUGCUACAUCUUUGCACGAGCUACCUGCGUAUUUAUUUGCGUCUUCACCAAGUUCCUGCAUUUGCCCCCUAUGCGUGGUCUUAUCGUACUUGCUUUGGUCCGCUUCAGAGUACAUAUAUACUCCUGACUUAUUUAUUUCGUUUCCAGCGGCCAACUUUUCAUGAGGAUGAUGUUCGAUGUUGCGUCGACGAGGCGAUUAAAAUCUUCACGACUUACUAUCAGUCAAUGGAUUCCGACUCCUCAUUGGCAAAUGCGAAUUCAGACACAUCUAAAUCACACGUGCCUGUCGCCAUUCAGGUUCUAGCCGAUCUACGUCGGCGUCUUGACUCGCCUACAGAAAGCAAUGAGCCGCCUCCGUCGCCCGUGGGGAUCGUCGAUUGGCGGAAUGCAGGAAAAGGAGGCACCCAUAGCAAUGUAGCUGAUUCAGGCCCAGAUCGAGACUUUAUCGCUAGCCUAUACGAGCUGCAGGAUUGGUUAGUGCGGCUGGUAGAAGAUUCGGAAUGUUUUUCGCUCUGA